UAAUUUUAUACGACUAGUCUCGUAUCGACUGCUUGUGCGAACGGUGUUCACUUCUCAUAUCCGAGAGAAAGAAUGUAUUCCGUUGAAGGAAGCAACGGCGGUAACAGCAGUGGCAGUAGACGUAUGAAUUAUUACGUACCGAUUCACGAUGAUGAUGAUGAAACUCCAUCGUACGAGAACAAGUGUAACAACAUUUCGUUGAAGCGUCGCGCGGUUCGAAUACUCAGCAGACGAUACGCGUUGACGGCUACGGGAUACAAAUUCCUUGAAGUUGGCGUUAACGUGGGUCCACCGAGUUACGUGGAGAUUGCCGUAGGAGAUCAUCGAGGAACGGAAUUGAUACUGUCCCUCGAAACGUGGAAGGGAUUCUACGAACAACGACGGAACAUUCUGAAUUUCAUUCGAUCCUCUAAAGAUACGUGUGAUUUUAUAAGCAUUGGACCGCUAACAUUGAGAAUUUGUACGAUUAACGGUGUCAAACUCGUACGUCUCGAGUCUUUAAACGUACGCUUAACGAUGAUCGAAUCGACGUUACACCGUAUGCUCGAUCUUGAUCCGUGCAUCGACGCGAUGUUCCAUCGAUUGAAUAGAAUUGUCGAAACGGUCGAUGUCAAGUUCACGCAAUUCUCCAAAAUCGCGUCUACUGUAACGAAUCCUACGCAAGUAUUGAAUGUAAUACGCGAUAGCGAUGCCUUCGAUAAACAUCAGCUCGUCGAUUGUGAGCUCGCAGCUUUAUUUUUUAGUGCGCUACCGUAG